UAGUACCAAAUGUCCCCUCCCUCUCCACAACUCUCUCCAAGCCCUCCAAGACAGUCAGAGGGCUCCAAAGAAUCAGUGUAAAAGGCAGAGCGGGAGGGAGGGAGGGGGAGAGAGAAAGAGAGUUUCAUGAGCAGGACUAACACUGGAAUAUUCAUAAAUGCAAUAACAGCUCCCUCUUCCAAGAACUCAGCUGGAAUGAAAAUUGUCUUUCACAACAAGUGUGUUAUCUACCCUCCUCUUAUGCGGACAAGAUGAUAAUGGAUUAUCAUCACUAACAGGGCUCUAUAUAGAGCAGCUUCUCCCUUCCACCGUGUUUGCCACUGUCUGUGCCUUCCAGAUCACACAGUUUUCAGCUUUGCUCUCUUUCAGCCACUGCAACACUUUUUUAACCUCUCACCUUGAACGGAUCUGAAGCUGCAAGAGGCUCAUAUUCCAAGACUGACAGUGAGGAAUGAACAGCCAAGCAGACUUUCCAGGUUUUCUCUUCAACACUUCCCUGGAAAAAUCAGAGCAAUGUGGCAAGGAGACUCACAUGGAGAACAUCCUUUUUGCUAUUUUCUACCUUCUGGAUUUCAUCUUAGCUUUCGUUGGCAAUGCUCUGGCUCUAUGGCUUUUCAUCCGGGACCAGAAGUCAGACACUCCAGCCAACAUUUUUCUGAUGCAUCUUGCUGUCGCCGACCUGUGUUUUGUACUAGUAUUACCAACUCGGCUGGUAUACCACUUUUCAGGCAACCACUGGCCGUUUGGAGAGAUCCCAUGCCGGCUCACAGGCUUCCUUUUCUACCUCAACAUGUACGCCAGCAUUUACUUCCUCAUGUGCAUCAGCAUAGACCGCUUCCUCGCUAUUGUGCACCCUGUAAAGUCCCUCAAACUCCGCAGGUCACUCUAUGCCCAUUUGGCCUGUGCUUUCUUGUGGGUCAUAGUGGCCGUGGCAAUGGCACCUCUUUUGUUAAGCGUUCAGACAGCUGAGAUGAACAAUACCACGAUCUGCUUGCAGCUCUACAGAGAAAAAGCUUCACGCCAUGCUCUAGUGUCCCUGGCUGUGGCAUUCACCCUUCCGUUUGUUACUACGGUGACUUGCUACUUAUUGAUUAUACGAAGCCUGAAGAAGGGGAACCGAAUUGAGAAUCAUCUAAAGGAAAGAGCCAUCAAAAUGAUCGUCAUGGUUCUUAUGAUCUUCUUGGUUUGCUUUGUGCCUUAUCACAUCAACCGCUACAUUUAUAUCCUCAAUUAUGAUGGCAUGAAGACCUCCUGUGAAAUGCAGCGGAUUCUGGCUCUUGGCAAUCGCAUCACUUCCUGUCUCACCAGCCUAAAUGGUGCCUUGGAUCCUGUCAUGUAUUUCUUCGUCGCUGAAAAGUUCAGAGAGGCCUUGUGUGGCUUGUUUUGCAGCAAAAGGUCAGCAAGGCUACCAUCAAGUUAUGAUGGGAAAACAAAUGAUAGCUCCUUAAGUGCUAAAUCUGAACUGUGAAAAGAUGAAAACAACUGUUUUGUUGUUGUUUUUUUUUAAAAAAAGGACUUUUCUAUCUAACACAAUUAAAGCAGAUCAGUGUGUCUCCAAGAUUAUAAACUCUUAUCACAUUUCACAUUUAAGACAAUAUUUGAAACAAUUUUAAUGAGGUGAAGGAAAUAUUGUGCUGGACGCCACACGCAAAACAUUUCUGGCUCUGCUAGGGCAGAAAGUGUCCUCCUUUCCUCUUUGUUCUGGUCUUCCUUAUUUUCUUUUAACCCACUGCUCUGUUAUAAAUUCCCAUAACUGAGGGGCAGAUUCUGGGGUUUAGAAAAGAAAGAAGGGGCUUUAGGGCCACCUAAGCCAAGCCAUUCUCUAUCUAGGGCAGUUGUUCUCAACCUAUGGCUCCCAAGGUGUUUUGGCCUACAACUCCCAGAAAUCCCCAGUUAAAAAGCUGUUAGGAUUUCUGGAAGUUGAAGGUCAAAACAUCUAGGGACCCACAGGUUGAGAACCACUAAUCUAGGGUUGUAUGGCAUACAACUAGUAGAAAUACGGCUGGCCGUAGGUUUACACCCAUAGAGGUUUUUGUGGUUAUAUCCAGGGCUUUUGAAAGUCAUAACACCCUGCAUCACAAUUCCUCUCCAUGAGAGGGAGCUGCAUCUCACCCUAACCUGAAUGUCAUAUCAUAAGAAAUUUAUGCAUAUAUAUCACUGGCAAGUACUAAUUUCCAGAAAUUAGUAUACAGAUAUAACUAGCAUUCAAAUAUGUGCUUGUUGUACUUCUGCUGCCUGAGAUGUUGUACUUCUGCUGCCUGAGAUUAACACAAAUAACUGAACUACUGGAGUUUGAGGAAGAAAGCUCUAAAAAGUCAGUGUUGUCAAAAAAAUCUGCAGUGAAGCAUAUCAUAUAUUGUUUUAAACAAAUAGACUGUAUAGUUAAGAUUUGAUAGUAAUUAUAUGUGCAUGCUUUUUCCUCCACUCUUAUUCGGUGCAUUAUGGAAGGAUUUUCCUGCCAACUAACACUCCGGUUGUUCAAAUAUGAGGAAAUUGAGAAAGGUAAGCAAAUCUGCAGUCUGAGCUUUGAAAAGAUCAUGGAUUUUGCUGUGACAAAAAUAAGAAAAGGAACUCUUCAGAGCCUCCAUCACGUCAGCUUCAACAAAGGAAGAAAAUUUGGUUCAUGUUACACCAGAAGCAAUUGUCUGACUUUAUUCCUAGGUACAAUAUUGGUAUAAAAUAUCACCAUACUUUUUAAAUCACUUUUUUUGUUACAACAUGGGCUGAUAAUACCAUUUUAACAACACAUUUCGAACAAUUAUUUACUACAACUCAUUUUAUUUUAUGUUUAAAUGUUUAUAUGUAUACAUGUUUAAUGAAUCUCCCUUGUAUCCGUCUCAUAUUCACAGGCAAUUCAAACUUUUGUAAAGAAUUUUCUACAAAUCACAAAUCUAAUUCAAUUUAA